UUCUUUGCUUCACAUCCACAACACAAAAACACACACCCCCCUCUCUUCACAUACACUAAUAACAACACCAAAAAUUACCAUAUUCAAAACUUAUCUUUUUUGUCUUCUUGGUCUUUUGAAGAUGAAAACAAGCACCACCACCACCCUUUUGAUCAUUUUGAUGAUUUCAGUGGCAAUUUUGAACCAUGUUGGAGUGGUUGAUGCGGCGAGGGUGUUGUCGGAGUCGGAGGACUUUGCCAGUGCAAACCACCUCAAGACGUACUCGUCGUCGUCGUCGGUCUACGAGAAGGCGAAGACCACCAUGGCCUGCUGGCUUCAACGGCUAGCAUCAGGUCCCAGCCCUAGAGGACCUGGUCAUUGAUUACUCAAUAAAAUAAACUACUUUACACUUAGAAGAAAAUACCAGGCAGCCUGCUUUUCUUUCUUCUUUCUUUUUUUCUUCCCUUGAUUCUUCUGUAGCUUUGUGUAUGCAGUUUUUGUAGUUCUGAGGUCAAAAUGUACUGUAAUGCUUGUUAUAGAAUUAUACAAAAAAUAUUUGUCAAUAAAUAAGAAAAAAAAAAAUUCUUUUUGUUUUUGUUAUCAA